AUGGGAUUUGAGUCCAUAUCACUACCAGAUCAUGUAGUGGUUAAGAGUGAGGUUGAAUCCUCACAAAAUUUGGGCUGUGAUUCAAUAACCAUAGAAAGGAUGGAAAUGAAUUUGAGCAAGGAACCCUUUCUGCUAGUUCCCUUGGAAAAUAAGGAAGACAAAGAAUGCCUUGGUACAAUUUGUUAUCUUGAAAAUAAUAAGGUUGAUGUUCCUGAGGCCAUCUCUCCAAGGGGAGAUAUACUUGAAUUGUUGAUCUCUAGCAGGGCUUCAGAUGAUAGUCUUUCAUUGGGUUGUGAAACACCACGUGAAAGCAUCUUUGAUCCAUUUGCUACAGGACAAGAAGAAGCGGCCUGUGCACCAAAGAAGAAAGUGACUAGAUGCGUUGAAGUUCCACCUCGUAGGAAGCUAAAUUUCGAUUCAGGUGACUACAUGGUCAAAAGGUUAAGUUUUGAUUGGACUGAUUCUGACGAGGAGGAUCAAUAUCUCCAAGUGAUUCACAAGAUGAUCCUGGAUCUAUUGAUUCUAGAUGGCCCUCUAGAUCGUCAGGAAGAAACUGGAAAGACCGUGACAGAUCCAAGCUUACAUGAAAGCUGCAAGACACCUGAUUUGAAGCCUCUACUUACUGGCAUUGGAUCCACAUGCCCAGAUGCACCUUUGAUACCAUCUCUUAAAGUCUUAAAACUCAGCCCAGGCAUUUGUCGAAAGAUUGACUUCGAUGCGGUCAGUGACCCACCAAGUCCAAGCUAUUCUGUCAAUAAAGAAAAUAAUUGA